UCUGAGAUGCCGACGGAGCCGCAGCCGUUGGCCUGCAGUUAAGGACAUGCAGAGUAACGGACGCAUGGAGUGGAUGGUGGACGAGUGUGCUGUAGAAUAUGCGAUGGGGCCGACCACGUCCCGUUAAAGCAUCACUCCCGCUAGAACAAGGAGGUAGACAAAGGCAGAACUGUUAAAUUGAUGCAGAAAGUGUUGUAACUUACUCUGAAGUGUUAUGAAGUAGUUGAAAGCUGUUGGAACAUGCCUAGUAUGUUUAUUAUGUAAAAAUGCAGCUAAUAUUUUGGUUUUGGGUGAUAUUCUUGACGCAUGAAGAAUCAGUUUAAUUGGAUGUGGAUGCACUACUGUUAAUAUGAAAUGUUGAUAAUUGUUAUGAUUCUUGUGAAUAAUUUUCGUUUUGUUUGGGGAAAAUGUCUUUAAUCAGGACUAACUGAACUUCUGUGGGAAUGUCCCUUUUUCACAGGCAUAAAACCUGUUUAAUCAAAAAAUAUAUAUAUAAUAAUAAAUGGUAUUGAUCCUUGGUCCUCCACCUGUAGGUGGCGCUGCUGGAAUAUGGGGUAUGUGAACGAUUACCGUGUUCUGUUUGCUCUGUAGUGAGUUUGUUUUUUUUUUCUCCAUACUCGGCCUCCGGCAAGGGUGCAUCUCGUCUCCACUCUGGUUUGUGAGAAUCGGCACCUCAAAUCAAAGCUAUGAUGCUUUCUUGGAAAAGAAUGAAUAGGACCUUUCAGAGGAGAAGAGUUAGUUCUUUGUUGUUAUGUUCUUUGUGUAAGUAUUUAUAGGAUCUUCAGCUUGAAUUAUUAGGCGAGGACCAUGAGACUGACCAGUGAAAUGGUUUGGUUACUGGUUUGUGGUGAAACAGUAGGGGCUAAAUCAUCAUUCGGGGCUUGUACUUUACUGGUCAGCCUGUGCCUUUGUUCUUAACUCUGGUCAUGAGCAUAUGGUAAACACCAAAAAAAUGGUCAAUAGUAAAAAACGAAGUGAUGUUUCUACACAGGGUUACUGGGCUCACGUUCUGUCACAGCAUGAGGAGCUUCCAGGGCCUUUGAAGUGGAGUCUUGGUUCUGUUGGGUGGACAGGGGUCAGUUCAAGUGGUUUUGGACAAACAAGCCAUCAAACUGGGCAGGAAGGUAGAGAACGCUGCUGGGAUUAUUCCUCCCGGCAGGUCUGGGAAUGUCCGGGAAUCCCCCAGAAUGAGUCAGAGUCUCGGAAAGAAUGGUCUAGCCUGACCUCCACGUGCUGUCACUGUGACCCUCAGCAGACGUGCUAUGAAGGCGACUACAACGGAGCAAAAACACUAAAGAAUUAGUGCUCUAUCACCAGCUUACAGCAGAUAACCGUGGACAUAAUUCUUGAGAAAGUUCUGACUUCUUAUGAAUUGUUUAUGUGCAUGAAGCAGACCGUGUACAGGAAGUAAAAAGAGGUGUCUGGGAUGGGGGGGGGGGGGGUAUUUUUAAGAAUAAAUUUAUCAUUCUUUAGAGGUCACUUGAUACCACAGAAUUAAGUCCUCGGCCCCAGUUCCAAGAAAACAGACGCCGAAGUCACUGUCAGUUGAAAAUAAACAGCGAAUCCUUGACUACCAUGUACCGGCGUGACUGUAUUGGCUGUUCUCUGUUUUUCACCUGAUAGUCCCUUCUCCUUUGCCGUGUUAUUGCAUUUGCGUUCAAGGAUGUCUGAACUGAUAGAAAGAGUACAUAAUGACUUCAAACAGCCCAGACACGGAGAGAGGGGCAAGCAGUAAGGCUCCAACGCCAGCCGGGGCGAGGAGGAGGAGCGUAUUGACAUGCUUUUCUGGUUAGUUCAAAAAAUUGUGAGCUUCAGUGGCUGAUAGUACCGUUGCACAGGGAGGUGGAAGCAAUGGAUUGAAAACUAAUACUGGAGGCAGUUGAAGGAAAGGGGAAAACUUUGGCGACUAUUUGUACUGCAGUGUGUUCGGUUUUGCGAGAAAGGCUGAACUUCUGCUCAUCCUCCACUUCACGAUGAGCUGCUUUUUUGCCUGGCUUGCGAGCAUCGCCCUUCUCAUGUGCUGGACCUUCCCGGGUUUCUCCAGCAACCAGUCGAUCCACGCCUUCUCCACCUCUGUACACCAGCAUAAGCUCCACUCCGAGGGUCUCCAAAGCCAGGGUGCCCUUGGGACGGACUUAUCUUUCCUCCGGUCCAGAUCCCAGUACGUCUCCUCGGUGCUGCCCGUCCGCCCGUACUCACUCUCCAUAAAUGCGGACGACUACCAUUACACCCCGAAACCCAAACACCUUCGGCCGGCCAGGCUGCUGCGAAUUCUGGGCUCGUCCUUUGAUCCGUUCUGGAUGUCGAUCGAGCGUCCGGCCAACGUGGGAAUAUGGGUCUCGGUGGGGGUGACUUCGGAGUCGCCGUCAGAGGAGACCGCUUUCCGGGACGCCAGGGCAUCUGCAGUGACCAAUCACGUCGCCAGCAGCAAAGGCUUUAACCUGAGUACCUCCCCAGAGCUAACGGAGGGGGCGGCUCGUUACCAGAGGAAACUGGAGAUGGAAGCAGAGGAGCUGGACCUGCCAUCCUUCACCCCCGAAAUGGCCGGUUCCCUCCGGGCCUGGCUGGUCCGCACAGCCACCUGUGGGCUCCGCUACCAGUGGGUCGACCUGGGCCCCGUGUUUUGGCCCCGGUGGCUCCGGCACACAGACUGCGAACAGUCAGGGACCUCGCAGAGCUGUUCCUUCCCCAGUGGAAUGUCCUGCAGACAGGCUCAGGUCACACAGAUUAAAAUCCUGGCCUGGCACUGCUGGGGCAAUGAGGACAGAGGCAGUGAGGUAAUGGGAGAAGCCGAUUCGGGGGCAUCCCUGUUCGGCAAGCGCUGUGUCUGGCGCCAGGUGCCUUAUCCUGUUGUCACGGCCUGCAAAUGCUCUUGCAAAUAGUUACAUAGUUAAUGAUAUGUUCAGAUAACCUGGGGAUGCGGACCAACUCGCACAGUCUCCCCCAUGUGCUGCUGUCUCAUUUGAAUUUCAUGUUUUUGACUCCUUUUAUAUAUAAAAAAAAAAUACUGUACUUUUUUUUUAAAACAGAUCCUCGUAGGUUAAUUAAAUCUGAUUGACAUUAUCCAUA